CCAUCUGCAGGUGUACUGAUAGAGAUUAGCAGCAGCUUAGUACUUCAUGCAGGAGUAUAUAUAUAGCAAGAUCGAAACACUAGGCAGGGGUAGGGAGCUACACACACAUAGACGAACACAGGCGCUAGUUAGCUAGCUUAGCAUUGGUAAUGGAGAAUAAUGUCACCAUGGACGAACAUGUGUGUCCGCAGAAGAUGGUGGCAUUCGUCUAUAACAUGACGUCACCCUACGGCGGCGACAACAGCAAGGAGACGUCGGUGGUGGCCAUCUCCGCCCUCACCUUCUUCCUCGCCGCCGCCUUCUUCGACCUCAACCUCUUCAGCCGCUUGUCCCGGGUGAGCGCCGUGCUCAACCCCACCGUCCGCCUCCUCCUCGCCGCCUCCCUCAACCUCUUCCUCCCCGUCAUGUCCUACCUCUUCUCCGAGGCCAAGAUGAACGGUGGCGCCACCGCCGGCAGCAACAACUGCAAGAAGACGGCCAAGAAGGUCGCCGCCGACGAGCUGUCGCUGCUGGCGCGGGUGAUCCUCAUAUGGAUGCUCCUCGUCGAGCUCCUCCGCAAGAAGCUGGAGGGCGCCCUCGUCAUCACCAGGGGGACGCAGGGCUACUCCAACAUCGUCACCCACGCCGCCAGCGUCGUCUGGAUGGGCAACCUCGUCUUCUUCACCGUCAAGGCCCCCGGCAAGAAGGCCAUGUUCGGCAUCCUCUGGGUGCUCUGCGCCGCCAAGCUUGUCCAGCGCGUCGUCAUCAACGAGAUGGCCAGGCGUUCUUCCGGCCACGGCAAGAACCCCCGCCUCAUCUCCUCCUACAUGGCGGCCACCACCCCCAUCCCCACCGACAUGGCCGGCGCCGCCGCGUUGGAGCGGUGCAGGUACGCCGUGAUGGGAGAAGAGAACAUGGUCGUCAAGGCCGGGCCGCGCGGCUACGAGCUCGACCUCGACGUCGCCGAAACCGACGAGGUCCUCACCGUCGGCAAGAUCUGGCGGACGCGAGAGCACCCGAAGCUCAAGAGGCUCUGCCUCUCCUUCGCGCUCUUCAAGCUGCUGCGCCGCCGCCUCGAGGACGUGCCGCCCAUGACCAAGCGAGAGGCCCAAGAGUGCCGCACCAUCAUCUUCGAUGGCCUCGGCAGCAACGCCACCGCCGCCGGCGAUCUCGCACCGGAGGUGACCGUGUUCCAGGUGCUCAAGGACGAGCUCAACCUGUUCACCGAGUACUACCACUCCGUCCUCCCCGUGGUGCUCGCGAGCCCCUACUUCUUCUUCGUCAACUACGUCCUCUACCCGCCCGUCGUGUUCGCCCUCUGCCUCAUGACCAUCGUCCUCUGCGGCAAUGGCGGCAUCCCCUACGUCAUCAAUGCCAUGCUGACUGACAGCUCAUUCCUAUCCGUCGGAGUGGGCACCAUGGCCAAGUGCCUGUGGAGCGCCGUCGCCAGGUCGUCCAGGGCCUUCUACACCUUCAUCGACGUCUUCAUCUGCUACAUCCUCUUCAUCGCCGUCGCCUACGAGGAGGCCACCGAGACCCUCGUCUUCCUCAUCUCCGACUGGUUCGCCGUCUCGCUCCUCCACGCCUACUACGGCAAGGCCACGCCCCCCGCCGCCGCCCGCUUCGUCCUCAAGCUCUCCAGAAACCUCAGGCACUACCCGAGCCGAAUCACCAUGAAGCAAUUCUCCGUUCUUGGAUGCUCUAGCGACGUCUCCACCCUCCCGCUGCCCACCGCCAAGCUGCCCAAGCACACCAAGCGCUCCAUCCUCGAACGCUUCCGAGACGCCAGGCCGCCGCAGGACGGCGGCGGCGGCGCCGCCGUUCCUCUGAGCAAGAACAGCCCGGCGGCGUUGUCGACGGAGCCGUUCUCGCGGUUCGCGUGGGCGUGCCAGGGCGGCGGCGGCGGCGGCGUCGCGGAGAUCAUCCUUGUCUGGCACAUCGCCACCACCCUCCUGGAGGCGCACCAUGGGCCCCCGCACCCCACGGAGCAUGUGGCGGAGGAGCGGCGGAGCCGGAAGACGGCGGCGAGGCUGUCCAGGUACUGCGCCUACCUCGUCGCCUUCCAGCCGGAGCUCCUGCCGGACAACAAGGAAGGCACGCAGCUCGUCUACGGCGACGUGAUGAACGAGCAGAUGAAGGUGGCGGUCGGCGCCGGACAGCUCGGCUACCACGUCUACCUGACGUCGGAGUGGGGCCGGCUCGACGCGGUGCGCAAGAUCGCCGACAGGCUGACGGCGACGGAGAUCCACCGUGACAGCAGCGCGGCGGCGUACGCGAGCCUGACGGUGCUGGAGAAGGGCGCCGUGCUGGGGAAGUUGCUGGUGGAGGAAGCCGACGGCGACGACAAGGCGGCCGCGGGGGGGCGCGCCGCCGUGUGGGAGAUGGUGGCGGGCGUGUGGGUGGAGCUCGUCGCGUACAUGGCGCCGUCGAGCGUGGAGGAGCACGCGAGGGCGCACGAGGCGGGGCUGGUGAAGGGCAUCGAGGUCAUCACCAUGCUCUGGGCGCUCGCCACGCACACCGGCAUCGCCCGCCCCGACGACGAGGUGCCAGUGGAGGGAUCUGUGUAGCAGAUCAGCACGUACGCCCACAUUCCGCCCUCCGUACUACGCACGUACGUGUGUCAGUCAGCGUGUGAUUUCCGCGUACCCUGUACUACUUCGCUUUCCAUCUGCUGUGGAAUUUCUCCUUCUUUUUUUUUUUCCUUUUUGUUUGUGCUUGGAUUCGGUUUGGAGUGAGGGUCUUCUGCACAGUACUGCACAUACAGUACUGUUUCACUGACAUAUGGGCCCCACAGACCAUCGGGCCCACAUGUCAGUCUGUAGAUAAUCUGAGUUGUUCGGUUUGGUGU